AUGGGAGCUAUUUGUAUUGCAAGAGACUUUUGUUUGUUUUUGCUCUUGUUAAAUACUCGCCAAAGCGGAGCUCUUCUAGAGAACCCGGAUCCAUGCGCAGAAGGAAGUGAUGGCUGUCACAUUGAUGCUAUUUGUCAAAAUACUCAAGCCUCUUACAAGUGCACGUGUAAAGUAGGCUUUAAAGGCGACGGUAAACAUUGUGAAGACAUUGAUGAAUGCGAUAUCGAGUACAAUGGUGGCUGUGUACACGAAUGUAACAACAUACCAGGCAAUUAUCGUUGCACUUGCCAUGAUGGAUUCAAUUUAGCGCACGAUGGACAUAAUUGUCUAGAUGUGGACGAGUGUGUCUUCAACAAUGGAGGGUGCCAGUAUACAUGUGUCAACACCAUGGGGAGUUAUGAGUGCCGCUGCAAAGAGGGCUUCUUCCUCAGUGACAACCAGCACACAUGUAUCCACCGCUCUGUGGAGGGCCUUAGCUGUAUGAAUAAGGAGCAUGGCUGUGCUCACAUCUGCAAGGAGACACCCAAGGGAGGAGUGGCCUGCGAGUGCCGCCCAGGCUUUGAGCUGGCCAAGAACCAAAGAGGCUGCAUCUUGACUUGUAACCAUGGUAACGGGGGCUGCCAGCACACUUGCGAGGACAUGGAGCAGGGGCCCAUCUGCAGGUGUCAUGUGAGGUACACCCUGCACCCUGACGGCAGGUCCUGUGUAGAUCGGGACGAGACAACUACUGAGAGCUCUGAUCACAACGCCACGUCCUUCACUGAGGUGGACAAACGUGUCAAGCGCAGACUGUUCAUGGAGAACUGUGCGGUGAAUAACGGGGGGUGUGACUCCACGUGUAAGGACACAUCCACGGGCGUACGCUGCAGCUGCCCUGUGGGCUUCACUCUGCAGCCUGACGGGAAGACGUGCAAAGACAUUAAUGAGUGUGAGCUGCACAACGGUGGUUGCGACCACUUCUGCAGGAACACCAUCGGCAGCUUUGAGUGUAACUGCUGGAAGGGCUUCAAGCUGCUUACUGACGAGCGCUCCUGCCAGGAUAUAGACGAGUGUUAUUUCGAAAGGACAUGUGGUCACACGUGUGUGAACUCCCCUGGUGGUUUUGAGUGUGUUUGCAACAAAGGGUACAGCCUGUAUGGACUGGCCCACUGUGGAGACAUAAAUGAGUGCAGUGUGAACAACGGAGGUUGUGAGCAGGGUUGUGAGAACACCAUGGGUGGGUUUGAGUGCCACUGCCACCCUGGUUAUAAGCUACACUGGAACAAAAAAGAUUGUAUCGAGGCAGAGGGUUUCCCAGCAACAAAGCCCCCCUCUAAACCAACCUUGAACUGCAGCAGGCAGGAGGGAGGUGACCGCUGCUACCUGACCUGCCAGUCCCAGGUCCACAUCACCAGUGGGAUGGAGGAUUCUUAUACAGUGACCUGUGGAAUGCCUCUGCCCUGCUUGGUUGGAGCACAAAGGAAUGGAAGUAGCUCGUAUUGCUUGGGCAAUGUCCUGCGAAUUAAGACCACAGCCACUUUUAAGUCUGGCACAGGAAAGUGCAACUUGAAACGUAGUCAAGAGAGACUGAAGGAGAGCCUGAACGCAGCUCACUCAGACAGCAGGUCCCCCUUCACGGAGAACGUCCAGUUCAGUUAUGUGCGCUUGCGCUGCAGCUCGUCUGGCCACCGGAUGCGGAGCCGCCACGGCAGGAAGGCGGGUUACGAGGAGGAGGGCUCUUCCAUGACGGCUGAGUUUGAGUUGGAUGUGAACCUAGAGGAGGUAACAGCAGAGAGCUGUGACCUGGGCUGUGUGCGCCGGCGCUCAGAGAAGAGGCUGAGGAAGACUAUCCGUACUCUGAGGAAGUCCAUCCACCGGGAACAGUUCCACCUCCACUUCGCUGGCUCUAACUACGAGCUGGCCAAGAGGCUGGCCCGGCCGGUGGACCUGCCGGAACACUGUGGGAAAGGACAAGUGCUGGUGGACAGGAAGUGUGUGAGCUGCACUGUUGGAACGUACUAUGACAGGGAUCAGGGAAGGUGUGUUCUGUGUCCAGCUGGAAUGUACCAAGAUGAAGAGGGGAAGAAUUCUUGUGAGGCCUGCCCAGGGCCAGAGGUGAGAGGAAGCCCCAGGUCGGUUGGGGCGUGGAAUAUCUCUGAGUGUGGAGGUCAAUGUCCCCCUGGUCAGUUCUCCCAUGAUGGCUUCAUCCCUUGCCUGCCCUGUCCCCUGGGUACCUACCAGCCAGAGGUGGGGCGCACUUCCUGUUUCCACUGUGGAGGACACCUGGUCACCAAACACAAUGGUGCCGUGUCCUUCCAGGAUUGUGAGACCAAAGUCCAGUGUUCACCGGGACAUUACUACAACACCAGCACACACCGCUGUAUCCGUUGUCCCAUGGGGACGUAUCAGAUGGAGUUUGGUCAGAAUUACUGCAUCUCCUGCCCAGGAAAUACCACCACCGACUUUGACGGCUCCACCAACAUCAUGCAGUGCAAAAACAGACACUGUGGGGGAGAGAUGGGAGAUUUCACUGGCUACAUCGAGUCUCCCAACUACCCAGGGAACUACCCAGCCAACAUUGAGUGCACCUGGACCAUCAACCCACCGCCCAAGCGCAGAAUCCUCAUCGUGGUCCCAGAGAUCUUCCUCCCCAUCGAGGAUGAGUGUGGAGACUACCUGGUCAUGAGAAAGAGCUCUCUCUCCAACUCUGUGACGACCUAUGAGACCUGCCAGACCUAUGAACGGCCUAUUGCCUUCACCUCCCGCUCCAAGAGGCUGUGGAUACAGUUUAAAUCGAAUGAAGGGAACAGUGGGAAGGGCUUCCAAGUCCCUUAUGUGACCUAUGAUGAGGACUACCAGGAACUCAUCGAAGAUAUAGUCAGAGAUGGAAGAUUAUAUGCCUCUGAAAAUCACCAAGAAAUUCUCAAGGACAAGAAGCUUAUGAAGGCACUGUUUGAUGUAUUGGCCCACCCACAGAACUUCUUCAACUACACAGCACAGGAGUCAAGAGAAAUGUUCCCCAAAUCCUUCAUCCGAUUUCUACGUUCUAAAGUCUUGAGAUUCCUUCGCCCUUAAGAAGGCACUAUCAUCAAGUUGCUUCGUGGAUAUCUCAGAAAAGGCUUUUACCAGUUACUCCCUAGAAAAGAGUCCUUUACUUAUCCUGUCUGUACAGAGACUGACUGAGGCUAGAGUUGACAAAGAGAGAUGG